CAUGACAACAUGUGUAAGAGUGAGGGUGGUAAGGUGGUAAACUCAGAGAGAAGGACAUGGUCGACUAUUUAUAAAACUCUGAAAUGGGACCCUGAGCAUGUGUUUCUGUCUGUCAGGCUGCACGAUCAACUGAUGGACACACAGAGGCUCACUUGCUUUCUCUUUCACAGCCCUAUAUCCUGUCUUUUCUGGACAGGACACCGGUCAUUUUGUGGACUUUCUUUGCCUUUUUCUUCUUCGAAUAAUCUGUGAGGUUAAAUAGAGUCUUAAUCUUCUUUCCCCUCGCCCUUUUGGAUCUUCUGUUUUUCCUGUUGGGAUUGUUUCCUCUAUUUUCUUCUCCAGUCUGAUUCCCUGCUCUCCUGUGAGCGUAUCCAACUUUGUAUUUUCCCCAACUCUCCUGCUCCUUUUUUCCUAUCUUCCACUGUUCCCUGUCUCCUUGUGCGUGGUUUUUGUGCCAUGCUCUCCUCGCCCACUGUGAUUCUCCAGCCCUAUGGACUUCCUGUCUACCCACAGGCAGCCACAUGCUACCCCAGCCUAGUUCAGGGAGGCCCCGGUCAGGAGGCCGGCCCUGGCAGCGGGGACCCCAACCUGUCCCAGGUCUACGCCCCUCCUCCCUCAUACCCCCCCCCAGGGCAGUGUCCACCCACAUCUGCGGGCAGACUGCCUCUUGAAUUCACCUCUGCACACCCCGGCUCAGAGUACGCUGAACACCCCCAGCUCAGAAUCUACCAGGGGCCCCAGCUCGAGGGGGCCGAGGUUCUGACGUCCAGCCACGCGAGCCCCUGAUAUACUCGGGUCCGUGCUGAAUUUCGGGGAAAAGUUGAGACGCCGCCAUGGAGGGAGGGGGUCAAAGGGGGAGGCUGACCAGAUGACCCCCUUUCCCCCUCUGAAAUAUCGCUCAGGUCCAGAAACACAGUUCUGCAUCGUGAAAUGACACCACCACCCCCCCUCCCCCUCCCUGUAUCCCUGUCUCCCCAUUUAGCCUGUCUCUGUGUGUGUGUGUUUGUGUGUGUGUGUGUGUGUGUGUGUGUGUGUGUGUGUGUGUGUGUGUGUGCGUGUGAGCAUAUGAGUGAGGUAACUCAUCUACAUGGUUCAGUUACAGACCCAGCUGUGACACUGGUUUGAUUAUUACAAGCAGAUAAGUAAUGUUUGUUGGGGUCUAGUUGGACUUUCAUUUUCUUUCCUUUUUUUGUCUUUCUAACAAUCUACCUCUCAUUCAUUUUCAGCUUUUAAUACUGCUUUCAUUAUAAAUCCUGUAUCCCUUUCUGUGUGUGAUAUUUGACUCUGCAGAGCUUUCUCUCUCUUUACUUUUCUUCCUGUAAAUGCUGAUUUUACAUAGUUUAGUUUCUGUGGCUCCGUACCUCACUACACAAAGAGCCCUUUUUCUCCUUUGCUCACCCAGGGAAGGUUUGUUUUUCUAAACAUUCUCACAGUUAUACUCGUGUUCAACUGUGGGAGCUGCGGUAAGAAGCAGUGUUCUGCUGUUGGCUUUAUUACACAAAGACAGAUUAGAACCAGACCAGUCUGCUCAGUGUUAGAGUUCAGGUUCCCCCUUCUUCUCCCUUGUCUAAAUUAUCCUUAUUUCACUCUUUACUGUCGUCCCUUCCUCUGAACUGUUGAAUGAAUUCUUGGUUUGUAUUGAUAGUUCCUCCUUGGCCUACUCUUUGUUUCCGUUGCACUCUUUUCUGCUGUGUUUGAUGUUUACCUCGAAAUAAAAAAUAUUUUCUCUCUCUUUUCCUAUUCUGUCCUUUAUUGAUUUGUAAGAUUUUCCAUUCUUUUUUUAUUCCAUCUCUUAUUCUUUACUGUGUCCUUCUCCGCUGCUCUGAUACCAAAGAAGACUUGAUCCUUGAUCAUUGUCACAACACAAAUCCUAAAGCAGCCUCUUUCCUUUUGUUUCUUGCACUUUGUUUCCUGCUUCUACUUUCUAAUUAUAAAGCUUUUUACCAACUGACAUUUCUGCUAGUCUUACUCUUUCUUUUUUCUUCUGUCCUAUAUAUAGAUAUGCUCAUGAAACUUCUCCUUCUAUCUAAUCUAUUUUCUGACCUAAAUUAACAGAUUUGACUUCUUUAUUAGUAGAUUUCGUUUUAUCAGUAUAAUAUUGAUUUAUAUUUCAAUCAUCUUCUAUCUCUACUUUUUAACUUUCCUCUGAGUGACUCAAACCUUUGCUAAUGACUUUCUCUCUCUUUGCAUGCAUAUUGUUCUGCUCCUCUGCACUGUGCAGGUCUGGCUUUACUUUCUUGUAUUUAGCUUUUUCCUUGUCGUACUUAGUGCUUUCUGUCUUCUGAGUUGAUUUAUAUAAUUCUGAGCUGUAGCCCUUCAUUAGAUCCUUUCUCUUUCAUAUUGCUCUUUAUAGUUUCUUUUUCUUUUUCUUUGAAACAAAGUCUCUUGCUGUCCAGGUUCUGUUUCAUUUCUCCCCCCCUCUCCCCCUUUUUCUCUCUACAAGAUGUGUUUUGCCGACCUUGGUAUUAUACGGGGCUUAAUUUUGAUCAGGAUUUCAUUGGAGGUUAAUACAGAAAUGUCUUGGUUUAAUUUAUUUCCAUCCUUCGAG